GGUGGUCGACCCGUGUGUACAAUCACUCACUACGGUGUGUGUAAUUUGCUCAUAUUUGAAAAGAAGUAUUAUUUUAUCCCGAUUACGUGAUAACGUACACCGAUCAUUUUGUUUGUUGUUAUUGUUGUCGUACAGGAAUCUUAGUGCAAUUAUUUUAGUUUAAAAAUUAGUAAAUUAAAUAAAAUUAAUUUUUCUUAAAUAUUAAGUGUUAUUUAUAUAUAUUUAUAAAUAUAUAUAUAUAUUAAGUUUUGUUGAUCGAAUCCAAAAGAUUUAUGCAAACGUUUUAAGGAGCCACUUCAAUUAAAUUAGCCUAUGCUAAAACAGGAUAAAUAGAAAAUGAAAAUGAUUUGUUUUGUCAAAAACUGGCUGUUACAACUUUCACUGAAAAAUAUAUCUGUGUGCUUCGUUAAAUGACAUCGUAAUUCAUACAUCAUAUUCAGGUUUUAUAAAAAAUCGCAAUGUUCAACUUUAUGAAAAAAAGUUCGAGUUCUCAAAAUAAUGGAGUAAACAAUGGCAGCAGUUCUGGAUAUGGAUCACAGGGUUCAAAUAAUAAUCAAGUUGAAGAGAAAGAACAAAGAAAAAAAAUGAAAAAACUGCGCAAAGAAAAAGAAAAAAAAGAGAAAGGAAGCUUUAGCAUGUCUUCUGAUGACUUAUUGAGAUUAGAUGAAGUUAGAAAAUCUCUUAAAUUACGUAGUCGACGAAAAGAAAAAGAAAAACUUCCUAGUGGUAUAACUGCAGAUUAUAGUGCUAAUUUCUUUGCACCAUUAAAUCGUGAUGAGAUUGAUGAAAUAACUAUCACACCUCCACUUCCACCCCGACGUGGGAUUUUAAAACCACCUCCUAUUUUGGAACAUGGUCCAAUACAAGAUCUUGAUUCAGAUUCUUUACUACAAACUAACACUCUUAAAAAUGAAUUGAUUGUUUAUGAAAAUGUUCCAAGAGUGUCAAGUAUUGAUAGUUUAACUGAUUCAACUACUAAUAGUAGUUUUGCUACCCCAUUUAAUUUGAGUCCCUCUGGAAAUGAAUAUUUAACUGAUGAAUUUGAUGAAAACCUAAAACUGCCUUGUGUUCCAAUAAUAAAAGUUGAACCUAGAAUUUUAGCUAUUAACAGACGAGCUGGUCCAGGUAGUGAUUUUGGUUUCUCAUUAAGACGUGGGCUUGUUUCUGAAAAUUCUUCAAAAAAUCUGAAACCUGUAAUAUUUGCUGAACCGGGACAAGAUAAAUCUCAUUUUACUGGACUUCUUCCUGGAGACAAACUAUUGGAGGUCAAUGGAACUUCAGUUUCGGAAAAAAACAGAGAUGAAAUUAUAGACAUGAUAAAAUCUUCAGAAACAUCUGUUACUGUUAAAGUGGAGCCAGUAAUAGAGCUUUUUGAAAUAAGCAAAAGUUAUCUAAAAGGUCAAACAACUAAUGGUUUUCUGACCUCUACAAAACUCGAUGUGGAUUUCAUCAAUGAUCAGCUGCCGCCAGAAGUGGAGUCCAAUGACUCUGAAGCAUUUUGGUUGGUUCAUAGCGAUGGAUUUUCACCUGUGCAAUAUUCCAAGAAGAAAAGCCAUGAUGAAAAUGGAAGGGUUUUGGUAAAAGUUUUCGGUGGAAAAGAGUACACUGUUGAUGAAGAUAGUUUGGAAAAAAUGAACCCAAUGAAAAUGCAAUUAGUUGAUGAUUUAGCACAGUUAAACUAUAUGAAUGAGUCAAGUGUAUUAAAUGUAAUUCGCAGUCGCUAUGCUUCUAAUCUUAUUCAUACUUACUGUGGACCUACAAUGUUAGUUGUGAAUCCUGGAGCUCCUCUUAAUUUAUAUACAGACAAAGUGAUGGAUAUGGUAAAAAAUCUCCAUAAGAUCAAUAAACAGCCACCUCCACAUAUUUAUGCUCUUGCUCAGUCAGUCUAUAAAACAGCUGUAACUACACGCAGAGAUCAGUCUUUGAUUCCUAUGGGAUGUCAAGCAAGUGGUAAAACAACUUCAUGUAAACAUAUUUUACAGUAUCUUUUGAAAAUUGCAGCUUCUCCUAGCAAAGUUGUUACAUUAGAAAAAUUAGACGCCUUGUGGACAGUUUUAGAAGCUUUUGGAAAUGCGGCUAUUACAAACAAUCCAAAUGCUACUAGAUCUGUGCAAUUAUUCAGUGUUGAUCUUGAUCAAGGAGGGCAAAUUGCCUCAAUGUCCAUUCAAAUGCAUUUUUAUGAUAAAUGGAGGCUUAUUGAUCACCCACCUAAUGAAUACUCAUUUCACGUAUUUUACUAUUUAUUAGCUGGUGUUGAGAAUGUUCCUAGUUUGCGAAAAGAAUUGUUACUAGAUCAAAUCACUGAUGAUUUAAAGGGAGUUGACAAAAGUCAAGCUGCGGUAGAGUUCACUAAUUUGCAGUCAGCGAUGAUGAUAAUUGGUUUUACUAAUGUAGAACUCAAAGCAAUUUUCUCAGUUUUAGCUGCUAUAAUACAUCUUAAUCACACUAAAAUUGUGAAGAAAGAUAGUAUAUACAAAGAUAAAGUACAAUGGACUUGGAGUAACUCUGAUGCUGCUAAAAGAGCUGCAAAAUGUCUUGGAGCUGGUAACUCUGAUGAUUUAUUCAGUUUAGUUUUUCCUGACCUGGAAUCAUUUGAUGAAUUUGAUAUUAGUGGUCAAUUGAAUUCUCUGAUCAUGGGGCUUUAUACGGAAACAUUUAAUUUAGUUGCAUCUAUAGUUAACAGAAAAUUAGCUCCUUCAGUGCAUUCUUUAUGUUCAAUUCUAAUACCAGAUUACCCAGGAUAUGUUAUUAAACCUCAAUCAACUUUAAACAUGUUUGAUUUUUGGACUCAUUACUUAUACGAAAAGAUAUUGUCUAGCUAUCACAGUCAUGCUGUUGUAACACCAUUAGAAAAAUAUAAAGUUGAAAAAGUUGAAACAACUGCUAGUUAUGAAGCUGAAUUUUGUGCUGAAGAUAACAUGUUAAAAUUAUUUGUUGGAGCUAAAGGAGCAAUUGGGUUUGCCCGUAGCUCAUCAAUGGUAGAUUUAAAACAUGAAGCACACCCUGGAUUACUUAGAAUUCUUGAUGAUACUGCUGGCGACACAAAAUCUACAGAUAAAGAUCUAAUUGAAAAAAUAAACAGUUUAAUUAAAGAAAAAUCAUUUUCAAAUAUUUUGAAAAAAGGUAAUCGUUCUGAUGAAUUUACUUUAGUUCAUUUUCGAGAAACAAUAUCUAGCACAUAUUGUACUAAAGGUUGGACAGAUAUGUGUAGAGAUUAUACGUCUAGGAUUGCAAUUGGUUUAUUACAUGAAUCUUCAAAUAUUGAUAUUUCAAAUGUGUUUUCUAAAAGUCGUGGUGCUGGACUUACAAGUACACUAGCUAUUGUAGAUGGAACACAAACUUUAAGACGGGUGUCUAGUAUUCGUCGAGCAACAUUCAGUAGCCUUAGCACUACAGCUACAUUAAAAAGAAAAUUAAUGUCAGUACAGAUAAGAUUUGCUGUGGAUGGUUUAAUAGAAACUUUACGUAGAACUGGACAACAUUUUGUGCAUUGUUUAAUGCCUAAAAUAGAUGCUGGUUACUCUAAUCGUACUGAUGUUGCAACUAUUCGAGUUUUUCAUUCUUUGUAUAAAUUAACUUCAUCUACUUUAAGUCCUAUUUCAAACAAACCAAAUUUAGAUUUUGUUGAUAUACCUCUACUAAGAAAACAAAUGCGUGGUAUGGAUAUAUUGCCUACAAUUCGAUUUUUCAAACAAGGAUAUCCAAUAUCAAUGUUUAUUGUGGAAUUUAUUCGCAAAUUUGCUUUAUUUUUGCCUAACAACUUUAAAAAUGAGGAUAUUAACAGUACAAUCAAAGAUUAUCGGCAAUGUGUUACUGAAAUUAUGUCUAAAGCAGACUUAGAUGAAUCAUUAUACAAGAUUGGUGUUAAUCAGAUAUUUUUUCGAGCUGGUGUCGUGCAAACACUAGAAUCUCAACGAGACGAAAAAUUAUCGGGCGUCAUUACUCAACUGCAAGCCCAGUGCCGUGGAUACUUGGCCAGGAAAGAUUUCGCCAAACUUAAAGUGAACGACAUUGCCAUACGAUGCAUCCAGCGAAACGUGAAAAAGUUCAUGUUGGUAAGAGACUGGCCGUGGUGGCGUCUUCUAGUUCGUAUAACGCCCUUGUUGAACGUGCACAGGACCGAAUACGAACUCAAACAGAAGUCCGACGAACUGGAUCAGUUGAGAGUCAGGGUAGAUAAGCUGGAACAAGAGCGAUCUCAGUUGAAAGCUGAUAACGACAGACUCGAGCAAAGAUUAGCUGACACGACUGCCGACCUGGCCGAAGAACAUUCUACCGUCACCAUGGUAUCCGAAAGGUUAGAGAUGGAAUCCGCCGAACGACAGAGACUCGAGAAAGAAUUGCAAGAGGUACAAUCGGCUAAAAACCGAUUGGCCGAGACUAACGAGCAGCUUGAAAUGCAGCUGCUUUGCUUGAGGUCGACCGAUCCUUCACUCAUGUCUUCUUCGUCGUCAGUAGCUGGUACCGUGAGUGAUGACGAUAGCGCCGUAGCUACUAGUGAUAAGGGUGACCAGUAUUAUAGGAGGAGGUACGAGAGAGUGUGUCGAGAGUUGGAUUAUGCAAAGAAAAGACUACAACAACAGCAUAACGAUGAUAUGGAACAGUUGGUGGCCAUGAAGAAACAGUUGGAGAAGAAGUUGGCCGGUGUGUAUGAAGAUGUUGAAGAACAACGUCAAAUAGUUGCUCAAUGGAAACGUAAAGUCAAUAAGUUGAACGCUGAAUCCAACGACCUAAAGCUGAUGUUAGAAGAGAGUAAUUCUAGAAACAACUUACUCGAAAAAAAACAAAAAAAAUUCGACACGGAAAUUCAUUCUCUACAAGAAGAACUCAAAAACGAUAAAGCUCUAAGAGAAAAAAUAACUAGAGAAAAAGAUAUGGCUAUUUCUGAUAAAUUUGCUAUGGAACAAAACCUAAGUAGUGUCAGAUUAGAGCUAGAACUCAAAGAGCAAAAGGUGGUAGGAUUGAACCGUGAGCUACAAGAAUUGACUUUUAAUGGUAAUACUGAAGAAGAAGUAGCAGCACUUAAACGAUCAAAACAUCAAUUAGAAAAUAAACUUAAAGAUCAAGAAGAAGAGUUAGAUGACCUUGCUGGUCAAGUUCAAUUAUUGGAACAAGUAAAAACACGUUUAGAAAUGGGACUCGAGCAAGAGCGCAAAGAACACAGAAGAGAAUUAGCUCAACGUGAACAAGAAAAUGAAGAGAUCCGUUGUUCGGCUGCUAAAAAAAUUAAAGCACUGGAAUGUGAAAUUGAAAAUGAACAUGAAGAACGCACAGCUCUUAUUAGAGAGCGACACGAUUUAGAGAGACGUUUAGUGGAUGCUGAAGACAGGGAACGAUGUCGAAGCAUGAACGACCAGGAGACAAUAGCACGCUUUAGACGAGAUAUGAAAAAGCUCAAGGCCCUAUUGAGAGAUGCUCAAACUGUUCAAGAACAGCGCAGUGAUAGUCAUGCAAAUAGAAUAGCUAUUCGACAACUCCGAAAUCAACUAGAAGAUGCUGAAAGUGCCAGAGACUCUGCAAUUAAAGCCAGAUUAAUGGCAGAAACAGAUCUAGCAGAGGUCACUGCUACACUUGAUGAAGUUCAAGCAACUAAACGGGCUUCUGAAGAACGUGCUGCUGCAUUUAGUAGAGAUAAAAAUCAUUUGCAGAGUCAGCUUGAUGAAAAUGAAGAAGAGCUAGCUGAAGUAUUGAAGAAAUAUCGAGGCACGGUACAACAACUGAGUGCUGAACAAUCCAUUCAGCAAGAACAAGCGAGUCGCAUAGCUGAACUAGAAACAGACAAGACUAAUUUGCAGGAGAGAUUAGCUGAAUUGACGUUCCGGUUAGACAAUAUGGAGACCCACGGUGAUCCAGCAGGUUCAUUGAACCUGAAACGUUUGCAAUUAAGAGUGACCGAAUUGGAAUCCAAAUUGCAAUUGGAGUUGACUACUCGUACUAGGUUAGAAGUACAAAUAACUAGGUUAAAAGAAGCAGCUGAGAGAUUAGAGAGCGAACGUGAGGCAGCACAGAGUAAAGAAAAUUCAGCUCAGGAAACUUUACGCAAGAUGCAAAGAUCUCUUAGGGAAGCUCGAGAAUCGAUGACUGAACGAGAGACCAAAGAAUCAGCAGAUACAAAUAGAAAGAGAGCACUGGAAAAGAGAGCAGAACAAGCUGAGGCCGAAGUUGCAACUGUUAAGGCAGAUUUAGCUUUAGCUUUGCAGCGAAUUGAUGAUCUACAAGCUGCAAUGACAGGCGAUCUAGAUGAUGAUGAUGAAUUUCAGUCGGAUAGUGAUGACGAUGAUGAUGGAGAUAGUGAUGAUUCUGUUAAUACUUUUUUGGCAAAUCAAGGAACAAGAAAUACUAGUGUCUUACAGCAGAAAAGCCUGGACUCAAAUUGACAAAACAUUUAUGAAAUUAACUGAAUGAAGUUCCCACCAAAAACAUGAUUUUAUUGACCAAACAAAAUUUGUAAAGAUAAUUUAUUUGUGAAUUAUAUUAGUAGUAUUAUUAUUUUGAUUUCGCAUUUAUUGUGAUUAUUCCGUUUGUCAUAGCUCUCUAUUAUAUCUUUUUCCCCCAGUCUUCCAAAGGACAAGACUAUGAACAAGAAAUCAUAUUAUUUGUUAACCGUCCAUUGAUGACAUUAUGUCAUUAUUAUUAUUUAUGUUUAUUAUGUUAAAUAUAUUAUGACGUAUAUUUGUAACUUUUGUACUGAAUUUAUGAAAUUAUUAUGUAUUGUGUAAUAAAUGUUGAUUUUUUUUCUA